AUAUGAUUGUGAGGACUCACAGGAGGAAAGCCUCCGCUGUGCCAAGCAUCCGUUCAUGUUCAUCAUCAAAGCUGCCAGAAACAUGAAGAUCCUGCCAUCACCUAGCUACCAGUCAGGCCCUUACUAUCAGGACUUGGAGAUUGUCUCUGUUGCCAAUGAAACUGUCAAGUUCAGUUUUUCAAUGCAGUGCCUGAACUCGUGCACACAAGUGUGCUCUGACCGUAUCAUCCAAUUCAAGCACUUGGAUAACACAUGGAAUGCAUUGGAGACAUCAGACUGGAAGAUUCGUGUGUGUCGGAUCCCCAAACGCGACCACGAAUUGUGGUUCAAGUCUCUGGACCGCGAGACCGGCAAGAAGAGCCGCCCGCUCUACGGAGGCAUGGCAGCAGCCAAGCGUGUGAAAUUAGAGGAUGGAAACCCCAGCGGCACGUGGGAAGCUCCAGCUGUGAUCCAAAUGAGCCCUCAAAAAAUCAAGAGAGAGAUCAUAGCAAGCUCCCCAAUGAAGGCCAUGAGGCUUUCUUGCUUCGAUGAUCCGGUGAUCUUUACCAUAAGCGACCUUCAGCAAAAUCCUCUAUUGCCGGAAAAACAAGAAAUGGUCGCUGAAGAGCCACCUCUUGCGUCAUUGGUAGCUCCGCCUGUUAGGCAAUAUGAAGUUUCGCUUCCUGCUAAGUUUGAUGCUGUUCAGCAGUUUGAAGGUCCUCUUGUUGCACCGGAGGUUCAGCCAUAUCGCUUUCUGGGGGAAAUGAACAAUGAACAAGAUUUUGUGCUCAUCAAGCAAAUUAUUGCUCGCAUGAAAGGACGAGUCCUAGAAUUCAAACCCUCAAAUUAAAUUAACUAAAUUCCUUCUGUUACUGCACCACCGUCAUUUCUUUGGCUUAGACUGAAUUUUUAAUUGGAUGCAUAUGUGAAAUAAGGAAUGUGAUAUUAUGGGGAUAAUUAUUCAAAUGAAACUUGCAUCUAUAGAUUUGGUAGCGUCAAUAAUUUAGAAGAUUCUGAUUAUAUUGUUUAGUUUCUGAAGCCUAUGGGUACAGCCUUAUUCCUAUUAAACAAAAGCAAUUGGCUCAACUAAUUUGCUGUAGUUUGAGGUCUUUAAUAUGCAUGCUUUCUGUUUUAUCAUUCUUAUAUCGUGCUUAGUAUUCGCAACCUGCGUCUGCAUCUUGCUAUUUUACUACGUAUAACAUUUUAUUAGCAAUAAGUUUGAUUUAUAUCUAUUAUGCACUCAUUUAAUCAUAUUCUAAUAAGCCUAAUUAACCUAAAAGCAAUUCAUGCUUAGGCCGACUGAAUCAUCGCCAUAUUUUGAGACUGUAUCUUUAAUGCCAGUCUCGGUAUCACACUUGCGCUGUGGCAUUGGCAUGCUAUGGGUCAUCUCACUGACUAUCGCUAUUUGUUACGUAUGUCAAAAUGUUGUUUCAUGAUUGAUGCUAAAGCAAAUUUCACACUUUUUAUUGCCCAUUUUUGUUGAUUCUUUGGCUAGUGGCGUUCCGGAAGGUUUUAUUGUUCUGUUGAUUAUAUUUUUAUUUUGUUACAAGCAGAGUUUUAUGUUAUUUCUUUAUUUUUGUUUAGACGCAAGCACCUCUUUAUUCGGGGAAAAAAUGUAAUUCCUGUUAAUGUAACAGGUCUGUAUACCUUGUUCUGCCUGGUAUUUCCACGCUCACUUGUGUUCUGAAUUAAAUUUUAAAAUUCGA